AACGACAAGUCAAUUGCAAGGACUUCCUACGAAAACAGAAAAGCAACAACAAAAUAUAAGAAAUCAAAUUACAACAAACAAAACGUGAAACAACAGUCGCUACAGUAUUACAAAAACACGGAUGCGAAAGGGAAACAACGACAACAACAACAACACAACUAGCAGCUAAUAGAGGCAGCAACGGCCAAGAAAGGAAAGCAGUGAAGGGGCGCACACACACACGCACACACACACAAAUAGUUAACUAGGACACACCUGUUGCCUGCAGCCUUUAACGCGGAAGUUGCCACAUUGCGUUCAAACUCGCAACACACUCAGCCGCCUAUUGACAAUAAAUUUUGAGGUUAACAUUUUAGCGAACAACACCGUCAGCUUUAAGCCUCACAGAGGUAAACCGGAAUUGAUAACUGUGCGUUUGACAUUUUUACUGCCACAGCACCGCCGCACGUGCAAAACUCCUCGCAUUGUCACUCGUGGUGUCAGCCGCUAGUCGUCAUUCAACGAAAUGGGUCGCAAAAUUACUGUAGCCGUGUCGACGCUCAACCAAUGGGCGCUUGACUUUGAAGGCAAUCUGGCGCGCAUACUGCAAUCCAUCUUAGAGGCGAAGGAUAUGGGCGCCUCAUACCGCACCGGACCCGAAUUGGAAAUAACUGGUUACAGCUGCGAGGAUCACUUUUUCGAACCCGACACAUAUCUGCACUCUUGGGAAGUGCUGCUGGAAAUUAUGCUCUCGCCGCUCUGCGAAAACAUGCUCAUCGAUGUCGGUAUGCCGGUUAUGCACCGCAAUGUUGCCUACAAUUGUCGCGUUGCCUUCUUCAAUCGUCAAAUAUUGCUGAUACGUCCGAAAAUGGCGAUGGCCGAUGAUGACAACUAUCGGGAAUCGCGUUGGUUCACUUCCUGGACAAAGUCUCUUCAAACAGAGGAGCAUUAUUUGCCACGCAUGAUUUCUCAACACACCGGACAGACGGCGGUGCCAUUCGGUGAUGCCGUUAUCGCUACUAAAGACACAUGCAUCGGCUAUGAGAUUUGCGAAGAAUUAUGGAAUGUUCGCAGUAAACAUAUCGAUAUGUCACUCUCGGGUGUCGAAAUUAUUGUCAAUGGCUCGGGAUCGUACAUGGAACUGCGCAAGGCGCACAUUAGCACCGAUCUAAUACGUAAUGCCAGCUUCAAGGCAGGCGGUGCCUAUCUCUUCAGCAAUUUGCGCGGCUGCGACGGACAACGUGUCUACUUUAAUGGCUGCUCGGCGAUAGCCAUGAAUGGCGAAAUUGUGGCACGUAGCAAGCAAUUUGCGCUACAGGAUGUUGAAGUCACUUUAGCUACCAUUGAUUUGGAAGAGAUCCGCUCGUAUCGAGUGUCGCAACGUUCACGCUGCACAUUUUCCGCCUCGGCGCCCAACUAUCCGCGCAUCAACUGCGACUUUGAGAUGUCAACGCACAACGACAUCUUCAAGAGCUCCUCCACGCCAAUGCAAUGGAUCUAUCAUACACCCGAAGAGGAAAUUGCGAUGGGUCCCGCCUGCUGGUUGUGGGACUAUUUACGCCGCUCGGGUCAAGGUGGUUUCUUUCUGCCGCUCAGCGGUGGUGUUGACUCCAGCAGCUCUGCCACCAUUGUCUACUCCAUGUGUCGCAUGAUCGUGAAUGCGGUGCAAGGCGGUGAUGCGCAAGUGCUCCACGACAUACGUAAAAUCUUAGCUGACUCCGAUUAUACACCGGAUAAUCCGGCAACCCUGUGCAAUCGCUUGCUCGUCACCUGCUUUAUGGGCAGCGUGAACUCCAGCAAGGAGACGCAUCGUCGCGCCACACAGUUGGCCCAUCAAUUGGGCAGCUAUCACAUCGAAAUCAGCAUCGACACUGCCGUAAAUGCCCUAUUGGGUAUCUUCAAUGCGGUCACCGGUCUGUCGCCGCGCUUUCGUACUCAGGGCGGUUGUGCGCGUCAAAAUCUCGCUCUGCAGAAUAUUCAAUCACGCAUACGCAUGGUCUUGGCCUAUAUGUUUGCGCAACUGAUGUUGUGGGUGCGCAAUCGGCCUGGUGGUCUGCUGGUGCUCGGCUCGGCGAAUGUCGACGAAGCGCUGCGUGGUUAUAUGACGAAAUAUGAUUGCUCGUCGGCGGAUGUGAAUCCCAUCGGCGGCAUUUCGAAAACUGACUUGCGUCGUUUUCUCAACUAUGCGAAGGAGAAAUUCAAAUUAACCGUAUUGGAGUCAAUUAUCGAAGCACCACCCACUGCGGAAUUGGAGCCGCUGCAGGAUGGUCAGCUCGUGCAAACCGACGAGCAAGAUAUGGGCAUGACCUAUGCAGAGCUCAGUGAGUAUGGUCGCUUGCGCAAACAAGCCAGUUGUGGGCCGUACAGUAUGUUCUGUAAGUUGGUGGCCACUUGGCGUGACGACAUGAGUCCGAAAGAGGUCGCCGACAAAGUGAAGCACUUCUUCCGCUGCUACGCCAUCAAUCGCCAUAAAAUGACUGUGCUCACCCCAUCAGUGCACGCCGAAAGCUACAGUCCGGACGACAACCGCUUCGAUCAUCGUCCCUUCUUGUAUCGCGCCAACUGGAGUUGGCAAUUCAAGGCAAUCGACGAUGAGGUGGAAAAGCUACAACCCGGCUACACACCCUCCGCACAGCAUAUGCAUCCGAGUAGCGCUGAUAUGGUGUCGCACGAGUCUCUACAUCGUUCCUCGCAUCGCUCAUCCCACUUGGAAUCGAAGAACUCAUCGCCAUUGUCGUGUUCUUCCAUCGAUGCUGCUGGUGCCGGCGGUAUUGGUGCUGGACCCAGCGGCAGCAUGGGCACAUUGGGCAAAAAGUCCAGCGGCUAUUCGAAGGUGCAUGUGAAUGUGCUCGGUAAAAUUAAGGAUCGCACUGGUAUACCGGUUUAGGACAUGUGGUUCGAGGAAUGGUGUUUCGAAGUUUGUGUCACUGCGAAACUGUUGAAUCGGUAGUGCAUGUAGUGGAAUUUUGAAAGCGGUGAGAAGGAAAAAUUAACGCAUCCUGCUUUUUUAGUAGUUUUAGUACACUGCUUAAGUUUGAUUAGUUACUAUAAUGUCAGAAUUU